UUCAGGACUUAAAAGCUGGAAUCCCGAUAGAGCGAAUGGAACUACCUAGCUAGGGUUAUCCUAAUUAUCUACUACAAAGGAGCAAAAAGAAAAAACCAUCGCUUCGCAGCUAUGCAUCUACCGGAGGAUAUCGGAAGAGACAUUCUUUCAAGAUUACCAGUUAAAUCAUUAAUAAGAUUCAGGUGCGUACAAAGAUCUUGGGUCUCCCUCUUCCAAAACCCUAAUUUCAUAAACCAACACAUCGAUCGCUCGAUUUCCUCCAACACUACCACUUUCAUAUUCAACCGUGGUUGCAAAGGAUUAUCCGUUUCAGCUAUUUCUAACUAUAAGCUGUCUGUAACUUCUUUUAAUGUUCAACACCCUUUUUUAACCUGCGCAAAUAUUAUGGGUUCAUCUAAUGGUCUUGUCUGCGUCUUCCUCUAUUCUUCUCGUUACCUAUAUUUAUUGAACCCAGCUACUAGAGAAUAUAUCGACACUGCUUGUCCGUUUCCAGAUGAUAAUUCUUCGGGUGUUGUUGGGUUUAGUCUUUUUGGGUUUAGUUUUAUUGAGGAGCUUAAUGAUUAUGUGAUUGUGGCAAGUUUUUUUCGGAGCAAUGACAAAUUUAUUGUGUAUAAAAGGAAUAGUAAUUCUUGGGUAACAAAAAAAACCUCUAAGUUGCAAUAUGAUGGCAUAGACAUUGCGUCUGAUACCGUGGUUAAGGGAUCCUUUAAUUGGAUAGCAAGUAAAAAAGAUAUUGGGAAAGUGAUAUUGUCCUAUAAUGUUGGAAAUGAGGAUUUUGAAGAGAUAGAAUUUCCUGAUUCUCUUUGGCAAAUAAUGCAUAUUACAAAGUUGAAGGAUUCACUUGCUAUAGUUAGUGCUUAUCGUUGGAAUAAUGUGCACUAUGACUAUGAGAUUUGGGUUAUGAAUGAAUAUGGUGUAAAAGAGUCAUGGACUAAAAAAUUUAUUAUUGAUGGGAUUUUUGGAUAUAAGCCGGUGUUAACAUGUCAGGAGAAUAUUGAAGGAGAGAUUACUCUCCUAACUCAAAGACACAAUCUUCCAGAGUUUGUCAAGUAUAUCCCCAAGAAACAAGAAGUCAUAACUUUGAGCGGUGCUCCGAAUUAUAUCUGGAGAGCUGAUGUUUAUGUAGAGAGCCUAGUUCCAGUUAGAAUAUCUUGAUGGAAGAAACUGAUUAGCGAAUUGCCAUUAUCCAUGUAAGUUCCAAUAAGAAGGAGAUGUGUUGGUUUUAGGAAUAUUCCUUCAUGUUUGGCAUUGCUUUAGGCAUUGCUUUUAAUCUUAUAUGUAACAAACUGCAUGUAUGUUUUGUUUAGUAAUUAAUAGUUUGCGAAUCAAUUAUAUAUUAUGCAUAUGAAAAUCGUAAUGAAUAGGAGUUUUUCAUA